GUAUGAAAGGUUCCCUCGGACAAACAGGAGCAGCUUCUCUGUUUUAUAUUGUUAUUUCAUACAUAUUGAAUGAAAUGCCAUCUGGAUUCGUUUAACAGAAGAUCAGCUCCGUCUCUAGCUGUCCGUGUGCUGGCCGGGUUGUCAAAGGAACCAUUUAACUCAGGUUAACAAAAACAACUGAAACUUUUCAUUCAGAAACAAAAAAACCUUCAACAGAAAGACAGCAAUGACACAAAGAGACAGCAUCUACACCAUUUUGGAGCAUCCAGCACGUUAAAAUGGAAAACGUAGACGAACUGCGAGGAGAUAAGCGCUCGGAGGACGGCGAGAGUCGUCUGAGAAAUGUCGAGCUGGAGAGGGACUUUCUGAAGAUGCUCACUCUGAAGAACAUCAAAAUGAAUAUGCUGCAGCUGGAAAUUUCUGAUCAUGAGAACAGGAUACAGAAGCUACGGACAAAGAAGGAGAUAAGGAAAAUUGUUACUCUUCUUAAGAAUAAAACCGAGGUAAAGGAUGAAGACAGUGAUGACAGUCAACUGAGUUGCACUGAGCUGGUGAAAUUCGCUCUGGAGAAGCUGAAACUGCUGAAAAAACAGCUGGAGUAUCACUCUCUCAGCGAUCUUCAGGAAAUACUGGAUAAUUCCAAUGAGGAGGAGGAAGAGGAUGAAGACAGUGAUGACAGUGAGGAAGGGCGUGAUCACUGGGAGUGGUUCUGGCAACGUCUACUGAGCAUUGAGAAUGUGACUGAUCUAAGUGACCUACAGAUCCUAAACAACUUGCAGCAUCAGAAAGCAAAGCUCUGUGAUCUUGUCGACGUCCUGUUCAAAUUCAAUCUAGCCAUGCUGGGGGGAGAGCAGCCAGCUGACCAGGAGGCCACAAGGAACCAGACAUUUGUGCAGCUGGAGGAGGAGUUACAAUUCCAAUUCAUUUCGCUUCUCACCCAGGCCGAGGUAAACUUGUAUCUGGUUUCGCUGGUCACCCAGGUCGUGGAGGAAAUGAUAGCAAGGCUAAAGGACAACAUGAAUGAAACCAAACUGACCAAUCAGGAGGAGGAUAUCAGCCAGAACCCGUAGAGUGAACUUGGUGAGCUCAGAUCAGACCAGGACAACGACGCUUCAUCCAUGUUGGAUGAACACGAAGCCCGUGGUGAUCCAAGACUUGAAGAACGUGCUGGAAGAGAAGAGGAAACCCCAGCGCACGAAUCAGGAUGAAUCAGAAUCCACCUGAGACUGGGAGAAACACUACAUCACUGCAUUAUCUGCUAAAAGACUAAAAAAAAUCAGCAACUAUAUCUCUAAAUGCAUAUUUGCUUUGAUGUUAUUUAUUUGCUUAGGUAGGUAACUUGAAAGAGUCUAGCAUUGGUUGCAACCAUCCUGUCAUGAUUUACCAUAAGAACUUCCUUAAGCCAAGCAUGAACUUAAUUUCCACUAAAAGUUCUGGAGAUUUUGGAAAAUUCCCCUUAAAAUUACUAGAGCUUUCCAAAACAUAAAAAAUGCCCAAAAUUUCCUCCAAAUUCCAAAGACAUUGCCAAGAAUUUUGUGAAAAUUCUAAACAUUUUAAAAAAAUUUUAACAAAUGAAAAAUAUCCUUAAAUAUUUACCAGAUGUUUUAGUCAAACGUUCUUAAAACGCCUGAAAAUUGAAAUUGAAAUUUCACAACAAAAUUCACCAAAAUUUUAAAGCGAAUUCAAUGCAAAAUUUCUAUACAAUUUGCCAAGAAUCUAAAAAUAAAUUCCCUGAAAUUUCCAUGAAAAUUUAGAAAUAUCAAAAGAUAUUCCUUCCCCCAACAUUUCAAAUUAAAAUUCCCAAAUAUCCACAAAUAAAUCCCUCGAUUUCUGAUGAAAAUACCUUAAACUUUAAAAGCAAAUUCCUCUAGUACCUGUUAUAAAAUACUGCAAAAUACACAAACAUAUCUUCAACAGUUUUCAUGAGAAUUCCUGACAUUUUUAAAGCAAUAGCCAUCUCCAGCAUUCCAAGCAAAUUAGUUAAACUGCUAUGAAAAUUCUGCACAAUUAUCUUAAAAAUUCUAAUCGCAGAAUUCAUUAGUAUGUUGUAACAAAGCAAAUAUAAUGUCCAUGUGUAUGCAUGCUAGAUCCAAAGAGCUUAAAGGAGACAUAUUUUGCUCAUUUUUCCUUUUCAUUAUGUCAAUCUUGGAUGCCUAUGGAGUAACACUGCAUGAUUUGCAGGUCAUAAAGCGCCUUCUGUGCCUCACAAUGGCAUUUAUAAAAUCCUCAUUUUCUCUGCUUUACAGCCUCUGCCUGAAACGCUCCGUUUCAGCGUUGUCUCUUUAAGAGUCCCCAACCCCACGUGCCCACUGUCCUCUGACUGGCCAGUUCUGUGAAAGCUGCUGUGGGCAGCAUAGAUAUAUAUAGAAGAGUAGAUACGACACGCCCCUUAGAGCUACGUGCCUACGGCGAGGCUAAGCUAGUGGGGGCAAAAGUGUCGGGGCAUUCCAUGGUUGUAGAUGGCACGAAAACUAAGACAACAAGGAUGCCUGCACAAUGUGCUGCAUACGGUUGCACACUACACCGUACGGUUGAAACAAGGAAACUGGAAAUAACCUUUCAUAGGUAAAAUUAGUUUUUGGCUCUUUUUUCAUUAUUAAAUCUUGUUGAGAGCUUCAGUAAAUACCUGGCUAUUAGCAAAACACUAAUGCGAGCUAGCAGCUUGACAGCUAAAUACCAGACGAUUAACAGUAGCUGUAGUAUAGCUGUACAUCAGCAGCAGUAGAAUAAAUAGCCUUUAGAGUCCUAGAAGUAGUAUCAGCAUUUGUAAUAGUAAUACCAGUUGUAGUAGCAGUGCCAGUAUUAGCAGUAGUAGUUGCUGUACUAUCACUACUAGUACUAGUAGUAGUUAUAUACGUUAUAGUUAUAUGUAUAGUUAUAUACGUUAUUUAAGUCCAAGGUGAAGUGUUACUAUUUAUUCAGUGACACGCACAACAGUUUCAAUGUACCUGUUUCUAACUUGUACAAAUGGCAAUAAACUAUUCUUUUCUAUCUCCACAGAGUGUGUUUGUUUCUAUAAACAUAUGUAUAUACAGAUAGAGGGAGUGAGAAAGAGAUAAGGAGGGAGAGAGACAAAUAAAUUAAUAUUAAUGAUUAUUUGAUUACCUUUACAAUUAAAUCUUUCGAUCUAAAAACAUUUUCUAUAUAUAUACAUCUUUAUCUUUCUAUUUUUAUACAUACAACUUUAUGUCUAUGUAUAUAUAUUUAUAAAUAUAUAAUGGCUGAACAUAAACGAAUCCCAGACCUCUGGACUUAAAGAGUAAAAUAACUAAAACUGUAGGCUACAUUGGUAGAAAGCCCUUUUCCGUUUUUUUUCUUUUAAACUCAAGUGUUCUGUAUUAAUAGCACAUGUUUUGACGUUGACAAUAAAGCAAACCGAAUGAAAAUCGGUUGAGAAAUGAGCAAGUUAUGAUUUAUUUUCAAUGUACAUGCAUUGCCUUUAAUGAGAAACUCGCCCCCGCCAAGAUGGCCGCCACGUAGGCACGUCGCAUAGCGGGCUGCUACAGUGCGCUGGCGUAUCUAGUGUUCUAUAGAUAUCGAUGGUGGGCAGGACCAUGGGCAGGACCUGCGUGCAGUGCACUGUUUUUGGGCUCCGCCUCUCCAUUCGCGACUGUGUGCAAGACUUUGAGAGCUAACUUAAACUUAAUUUUGUUAGCCCUGGCUUUUGAUUACAAUGGCAAAUUUUGAAAUACGUCUGUACGCAUUGUACCCCGAGUCAGACCCAGAGACUUUGGUGACUGAACAGGAAGAAAACCGGCAAAGAAGAACAACACAAGACAUCUCAGUGUGGUAAGUGUAACUCUGAGUAGCGUGUUAUAUGUACAGCAUAACACUAUACAUACUGUACAAGGCCAACGAACCGCCACAUUCAUGGCACUGAAAAUGUGGCACUAAAAUGUGGCUACAGUCUGUUGUUUCCAUUACAGAUUAGUAGUUUAGUAUCACAGUUUCACGGCACAUAUCAGCACAAAAAUGCUUUGCUAACUCAGUCUCGCUAUAAUAUAGAUACCCGUGAAAAACAAAGGUGUUUCACAGAUUAAUUUACCCUGUACAGCCUUGAAUAUCAAGUGAAACAGUUUAGCUGUACAGCUGAUUGGGGAGGGGGCAGGGGUGUUUAUCAGCCGAGGAUUCCCUAGAAACUUUAUUUAAAAGGCAGAUAUUAACAUUUUGAAAUUCUCUGCAUGGUUUGAUCUAAAAUGCUUUUUUCCUCUGACUGCGUUCUUUUUUAAUUGCCUGCUGCUUUGCAUGUUAUUUAUCAUUUACCUGCAAUAUCCAAGAAUCAUUUGUUGACAUACUACGUCACAGGAAACACCAUGAGUUCAGAGGGCUGCAGCUGUCUCAGACACAGCCUAAAACUACCUCAUAGUGCCGCGAUUCUUUGGUCUGAACCGAUCUUUAUUGUGUGGCUUUUCUUGAUAAGUGAAUACA